CAUAAUAAAAUAAUGGAAAUGUCUGUCGUGUACAGUGUAAUCGUACCAGCACCACCCAAUCGAGCUGUAAUAAAAUCUUUAUUAUAUAUAUUCAUUCAUUCCUCUGUAUCACCACCAUAAGAUUAAGAUCAUCUUCUUCUUCUUUUGAUUGAAAAAGGAGGAUUCUUUACUACUACUCUCUACAGACUUGAUCAUAUGGAAGAUCCAAAGGAGCAGAACAAGAACUCGCCAUGGCUAUCAGUACCACAGUUUGGAGAUUGGGAUCAGAAAGGAGGAACCAUUCCUGAUUACUCUAUGGAUUUCUCUAAGAUCAGAGAGAUGAGGAAACAGAACAAGAGAGAUCCUUCUCGCGCCAGUCUUGGCAACGAUGAAGAACUCGUUAAUCCUUUUCAUAAUCAACCUACUUCGGUUGAUAAUGCUAAGCCUAAGCUCACCACUGUUCAUAGUGACAACAACAACAACAAAACCCACAAUGAGUUCUCUCAUCACCAGCCACUUUCUCCAUCUAUUUGGGGUUGGAUUGGAUAUGGUCGAGUUUAUAUUAUUAGAGAACCACAUCAAAAGGCGAGGAGAGGAAUCUUCAGCUGCUUCAACUGCUGCGUUAAAGCUUGAAGGUGUAUCUUAUCAUAGAGACCGAUGAGAGGAGAUGAAUCUUCUUCAGCUGUUUCAGUUAUUUUACAAUAAUAAUAGUAGUGAUGAUGAUUUCAAGACAGAAAUGAAAAAAAUGGCAGUGUGGCAACUUAUUACUACGGAAGCAGCAGUAAAUCAAGUUUGUCUGCUGUUUACUGUUAUCUUAAACUGUCUAACAAUAUGAUGUUUUUGGUAAAUGUGAAGUGUAGUUAGUUUUCUUUCUAUUUCUUUGUAAUUUUUUAGUUUGGUUUAGAAAUUGGUGAAUAUUGUGUAAUGCCAUCAUAGCAGAUAUGUGAUACAUAUAUGUGAUACAUUACCACGAUGCAUUUAGAUUAUAAAAGUAAAAUAUUGUGUUUUCCA